AUGACGUGGAGGAGCCCUCUGGCCGUUGUCAGGGAUGCUCUGAGAGGUCAGAGGGCGAGGGAGAAGGACCUCCGCAACUUGGUGUCCAAUCUGCCUUAUGAGGGACUGGGGAAGACAAAGCAACCCAACCGCUACUUCCCUGGAAACGUCAUCAAGACCACCAAAUACACCCUCCUCCUCUUCAUCCCCAUGAACCUCUUUGAGCAGUUUCACCGUCUGGCCAACAUCUACUUUGUGGGCCUGGCUAUUCUGAACUUUGUCCCCGUAGUGAAUGCCUUCCAGCCCGAGGUAGCUCUGAUCCCCAUUUGUGUCAUCCUGUCUCUGACAGCCCUGAAGGACGCCUGGGAGGACUUCAGGAGGUACCAGUCGGACAGGAAGCUCAACAACACACCGUGUUUCAUCUACAGCAGGACAGAGAAACAGUUUAUGGAGAGGUGUUGGAAGGAUGUGCGAGUGGGGGAUUUUGUGAAGGUGGUUUGCAAUGAGAUCGUCCCGGCAGACCUCUUGCUCCUGCACACGUCGGACCCCAACAGUGUUUGUCACAUAGAGACAGCCAACCUGGAUGGAGAGACCAGCCUGAAGCAGAGGAGGGUGGUGCCUGGCCUCUGCAUCUCGGACCCUGAAUUUGAACCUGAAAGCUUCAAUGGCGUCGUGGUGUGUGAAAAGCCCAACAACAAUCUGAAUCAUUUCAAGUGUUAUGUAGAGAAACCUGAUAUGGAGAAGGUGGGCGCUGGUAUUGAGAGUCUGCUGCUUCAAGGCUGCACAGUGAGAAACACGGACCAUGCUGUUGGCUUUGUGGUGUAUGCAGGCCAUGAAACCAAGUCCAUGCUCAACAACAACAGGCUGAGGUACAAGCGCAGCAAACUAGAGCGGAAGCUGAACACAGACGUCAUCUUAUGUGUCAUUCUCCUCCUCACCAUGUGUCUCGUCGGAGCAAUAGGUCACUACAUAUGGCUGCAGGCGCUGCCUGGUGUGCCCCCUUACCUGGUCCCCCUCAGCACGGGUCACCUGGACAGUCCCAGUCUGUCUAGCUUGUACAUGUUCUUCACCAUGAUCAUCCUGCUGCAGGUCUUGAUUCCUAUCUCCCUGUACAUUUCCAUUGAGUUGGUGAAGAUCUGUCAGAUCUUCUUCAUCACUAAUGACAUUGAUCUGUACGAUGAAGAGACAGACAGCCGCAUGCAGUGUAAGGCCCUGAACAUCACAGAGGACCUGGGACAGAUUGAAUACGUCUUCUCAGACAAGACUGGCACCCUCACUGAGAAUAAGAUGGUGUUUCGGCGAUGCUCCAUCAUGGGCACUGAGUACCCACACAAAGAGAAUGCCAUCCGCCUCGCUGUCCUUGAAGAACAAGAGUCCGAGGACGAGGUCAUCUACAACCAGCGGCCACAACCCCCACGGACUGGAUGGUCCCUGGAUACUGAGGACACCAACCCUGAAGACAUACAACAUCAACAUGGCAGCCGACGCAAGAUCUCACGAAAUGCCCAGAGCAAUGUGGCCUUCAGCAGUCUGCUGGCCUCAUGGUCCCAGUCCCUGCUGCAGAUGGCCGAGCUGCUAGGUGUAAGUGAUGAGCACAUCCAUUUUGGCUCCAAGUUGCCCCUGUGUCUGGCAAAGAGCAGAGGCCUGGAGAGCCGGGCUGAGACAGAAGAGGGCUGCAAGGCAGCACAGUCCCCAUCUAUAGCUUUCCUCACGCUGCGUCUCUUACAGAGCGGAACUUUUGAAACUACGGUGAUUCCAGACAGGAAGCUGCUUCAGCAGAUUAGCAGGGCAGAGUGCAGCAGUGGCGGCAGCCGGCAGAUAGAUCCCUACCUGGACUUUUUUCUUGCUCUAGCCAUUUGCAACACUGUGGUGGUUUCCAUGGCAACAAGUCGGAGACAGAGGGUGAGUUGGUUCUCACGCUCACAGACAGAUAACCCACUGGAUACUAUGUCCAACCUGGUGAAAAGGGCUGGCUCUCUUCACCAUAUUUUCACCUCUUGGCAGCAGAAACCAAAGCGAAAUCGCACCUUUUCCGUGGACUCAGUUAGAGAGGCGGACCACUUUAAUCCUCCUGUAAAAAUGGAGGGGACUGGAGACGCCAAUGGGCUCCGAACACGUUCGCUCCAUGUCCCAUCCCAGUGCGACAAGCCUGCAGCGACCGCGGCUAAUCUGAUCUAUGAGGCAGAGAGUCCAGACGAGGCCGCCUUGGUGUACGCAGCCAAGGCAUAUGGCUUCACUCUGCUGGCCCGCACCCCUGACAGUGUGACGGUGAGGCUCCCGUCUGGGGAGGAUCUGGUGUUUGAGGUGCUGGACACCUUGGCCUUUGACUCCAACAGGAAGAGAAUGUCUGUUUUGGUGCGACACCCAAUCACCAGAGAGUGUGUGCUGUACACUAAAGGUGCGGACUACGCCAUCAUGGAGCUGCUUGGUACACCGUAUGCAGAGCACCUCAGUGGGAGUCAGAAGAAUGUAGCAGCUGAUACUCAGCAUCACCUGGACUGCUAUGCUAAGGAGGGGCUUCGUACACUUUGCUUUACAAAGAAGGUUGUGAGUGACAAAGCGUAUGAAAGCUGGUCAGUGAACAGACAGAGAGCUCUGGCUGCUAUAGACAACAGAGAGGAGCUCAUCAUGGACACUGCUGUGCAGCUGGAGACAAAUCUCUACCUGCUAGGGGCGACGGGCAUCGAGGACCGUCUCCAGGAGGGCGUCCCGGACACCAUCCUGGCGCUGCGGGAGGCAGGGAUCCAGGUGUGGGUGCUGACUGGUGACAAGCCGGAGACAGCUGUCAACAUUGGCUAUGCCUGCAGGCUACUGGAAGAGGACGACCUGGUGAUUAACAUGAGCUGCACAAACAAGCUAAUGUGCACGUCCAUCCUGGACUGCACUCUGGAGGAGGUGAGGAGGUACAGCGAAGACCCUAGUAAUGUGGACACAACCCCGGACAUCUCUCUGGUGAUCGACGGACGCACCCUGACCAUGGCUCUUUCUUCAGACCUGCAGGGCCGCUUCGUGGACCUGGCGAAGUGCUGUCGCUCUGUGCUCUGCUGCCGAGUCACACCCUUACAGAAGGGCAGCGUGGUGAAAGUGGUCCGGGAGAAACUCAAGGUCAUGACCCUGGCUGUCGGCGAUGGUGCAAAUGAUGUGAACAUGAUCCAAGCAGCUGAUAUCGGCAUCGGGGUAUCCGGGCAGGAGGGCAUGCAGGCCGUCAUGGCGAGCGAUUUCGCUAUAUCUCGCUUCAAACACCUGAAAAAACUCCUCCUGGUUCAUGGCCACUGGUGCCACAGGCGACUCGCCGACAUGACCGUUUACUUCUUCUACAAGAAUGUGGCCUACGUGAACCUGCUCUUCUGGUAUCAGUUCUUCUGCGGCUUCUCCGGCACCGCCAUGAUCGACUACUGGCUGCUGAUUUUCUUCAACCUCUUCUUCACCUCUGCGCCGCCCGUCAUGUUUGGGAUCAUGGACAGAGACCUGUCUGCAGAGAUGCUGCUGGGUGUUCCUGAACUGUACAGGGCCGGAAAGGGAGCAGGGGAAUACAAGUGUUCACCCUUCUUGGUUACCAUGCUGGAUGCCUUCUAUCAGAGCCUGGUGUGCUUCUUUAUUCCGUACUUGGCUUACCGGGAUUCAGACAUUGAUGUUUUUACCUUUGGAACUCCUUUGAACACAAUUUCUCUAUUUACCAUCCUGCUGCAUCUGUCAAUAGAGAUCAAAGCCUGGACGGUGGUUCACUGGGUAAUCAUGCUGGGCAGCGUGGUGUUGUACUUCACCGUGACGUUGGCCUACAGCGCCGCCUGCGUCACCUGUAACCCUCCAUCCAACCCGUACUGGAUCCUCCAGAGCCAGAUGGCCGACCCCAUGUUCUGCCUUGUCUGCCUCAUCACCACUGUGGUGGCUCUGCUGCCCAGGUACAUGUUUCACGUGCUGAGGAACUCUAUCGCCCCCUCUCCACUCCUGCAAGCCAGGCAGCUGGACCGGCUGGACCCCUCCUCAAGGGACCAGUGGAUCAAGGAGUGGAGGAGCUUCAGGGGCGGAGGGCAUGUCAAACGCUCCAGGCUGUCUACCCCACCCUCUUCUACCCCGGAGACCCCUGCGGACAUUUAUCCCCAGUCUCCCACAGCCUCUGAUGUCACGGGGGAUGAAUUUGCACUCAAUAUUAUCACUGAAAACUAUCUGGGGCCUGUACAGACGAGAAACAAAGAUUCAUUGGUAACUUGA